CUUUCUAUUGACUAGUGAGUAUCCAUUUCUGACAACAGCUCCCACAUCCCGAACCCAGCCACACACAUCCACAUCCAUGUUCUUGUAAGCUUUCAGGUCAUCCAUGGUAUAGUAUGUCACAUCUGUUUUCCAUUCCUUUUUGGGUAACUCGUAGGGGUCCACUCCAUCAACCAGAGCAAGUUUCUCCUUGUAAGGAUUCCUUUUGACAGCUGGCAUGGUGUCAACAUGUUUACUGUCAGGUUUAAACAGCCUAGGAUAUUUAAAGUAAAAUUAUCAAGGAAGGAUGACAAGAGGAACUUCUGGCUCGAGAGGAGAACAUGGGAUGUGUCUCUUUCACAAUCUCCAACCUGUCACAUCACAUCUCCACGUCUCCACUUUUUUAUUCCUUAGAGUGGUCCGCAUCACACAAAGCAAAUUGUGACAAACAAAGCAACCGUGACAAAAACAAUCCAUGUGAGUCUUUGCGAUGUCUUCACCAUCCUUUGGCUAUCGUCAGUCUUUCUUGUCUUCUGCAUCACUGUCUGGUGUUUCCACGGCACCCAAUGUAAAUUGAUUGCAUCAUAUUGUUAAAGUACAUCAUAGCAAAAUUUCCAUGGCACCUAAUGUGCCUCUCGAUUGCAUUGCAUCACAUAAGCAAUAAAAACCCAAGAAAGCAAAUAUGAGAACUUUAUAUACUACUUUAUACUUUACUUUAUAUACAACUUUAUAUAUAUAUGGUGGAAAAUUAAUGCGCAUGCUCGGCAGUGACGUCGAUCGCACGUAUCUUUCUUUGUAUCUUUCCUUUGCACUUAGCCUUUUUUUUUGGCUUUCCAAGUCAAAUUGUGAAGACUAUUUUACUUUUAUUAUACUUUCAUUAUUUGCUUAAAUAUGACCUUAUACAUUUAAUCAACAGAUAAAGUUUUGUCCAUUUGCUAAUCACACAAGGAUGUGUUGUGGAGCGCCGUGGGUGUAGUCGUACGCAGAAAACCGGCUGGUGGCAUCCUCCUCUCCCAGGCGUUGCCGUGGAGACAAACGACACCAGAUUAAGGAGCGGAAAGUUCCCAUCCCGGCCCAGGACCAGAAAGGGGGGAAGCCACUUUUUCCAUGGACCCAUACAUAUAAAAACCUUGUGUUACUGGGCAGCUCGUCUUCUUCUUUGACUAUCCUGCCAGAAACACACGUCUCGUAUGCAGCAGAUACACAGAUAAGACCCAGACGUCUGUAUUGCACAUUCCUUUGUAAUAAAUCCAUUUUCUGUUAACUUUUUCUAAUCAUUGAUCAUAUCUUCCUCGAUUCGUGAACACGUGUAGGGUCCAAACUCGCAAAUCCCUAAACUGAAAAAAUGGAAAGCUUAUACGACCUGUUUUAAUUCUACAUGCCAAAUUUUGAGAAAAACCCUGCCAUAAUCCCACCUGUAAACCAUGUCCUUCACAAAUUUUGGGAGUACCAAGGUGGCGGCGAACUGGCUUCAACCAAUCGGCAUGCCGCUCGACGCCUAUGCGCUAUCCAGUUUUUUUCUUUAAUCAAUGAUCCAUACACAAAGCAACGUUUUGCCCUGACCGGAAGUUGAAGCCGAAUUACAAUGUGAAAGGAACCUGAGCGCAGUUUAGUUUUUAAUCUGUCAUUGACGACGACGCCGAAAAGAAGCAGAAGAAGAAGAAGAAGAAGCAGAAGAAGCAGAAGAAGAAGAAGAAGAAGAAGAAGAAGAAAAAGAAAAAAAAUAGAGUAGAAAAAAACAAGACCAACCGAAGCCCUAAAUUUUCGCAGGCAUAUACACUGUAGAAUUGCCUGAUAGGAAAGUGUCAGAUGUUUUGAAUCUAUUAAAAAUGGCUUACCAGACAUUUCAACAGGAGUAUUUACAAAUUCCCCUUGUAACGAGAGCAUACACUACUGCAUGUGUCCUUACAACUGCAGCUGUGCAACUCGAGAUCAUCACACCUUUUCAACUGUAUUUCAAUCCAGAUUUGAUCCUAAGAAAUUACCAGGUAUGGCGACUAAUAACAAACUUCCUAUUUUUUGGUCCAGUUGGCUUCAAUUUUCUGUUUAAUAUGAUAUUUUUAUACAGAUACUGUCGUAUGCUAGAGGAGGGCUCUUUCAGGGGUCGAACAGGGUCGCGGGAGUGCUGGAGCCUAUCCCAGCUGUCAACGGACAAGAGGCAGGGUAAAACCGGAACUGGUUGGCAGCCAAUCGCAGGGACAUGGAGACAGACAACAGACACACUCACAAUCACACUUUGGGGCAAUUUGGACUCUUCAAUUGUAGGAGGAAACCAGAAUGCCCGGAGAAAACCCACGCCAGCAAGGGGAGAACAUGCAAACUCCACACAGGCGGCGCCGGGAUUGAACCCUGGACUUCAGAAUUAUCAGGCUAACACUUUACAGGUAUCUUCUCGCCCGCUAGUCAUCUGUUCAAAAACUUGGUCAAAAUGCCAGCUCGUCCAACCUGCUUGGACCUGUUUAUUCACUUCCUUACUCCAGCGAGUUAACUGUUCCGGGGGCGGAGGUUGUUCACCCGGGCCACACCAAUCCGAACCUGUUUGCCAUGUGCGAACUCACCAGGAGGGUAAAACCUCAGACAACUUAGCUCCUAAGAUCAUCGGGACACACAAACCCCUCCACCACGAUAAGAUGACGGCUCGAGGAGAGGUAUUUGGAACUUUUGUGAGUUUGGUCUUCCUGGGCCAAGCUUUCACAAUCAUGUUGGUGUAUGUGUGGAGUCGAAGAAAUCCAAAUGUCCGCAUGAAUUUCUUCGGCCUUUUAAAUUUCCAGGCACCCUUCCUGCCUUGGGUGCUUAUGGGAUUUUCACUUCUUUUGGGCAAUUCCAUCAUUAUAGAUCUUUUAGGUAUUGCUGUUGGUCAUGUAUACUUCUUCUUGGAAGAUGUCUUCCCUAAUCAGCCGGGUGGUGGAAGAUGGCUGAAGACUCCAUCAAUUAUAAAGAUGCUGUUUGACACUCCUGAUGAUGAAGCCAAUUACAAUCCAUUGCCUGAGGAUCGUCCAGGAGGGUUUGCUUGGGGUGAGGCACCACCACACCUUGGAGGUUAAUCUUCUGGUUUUGUCAACUAUCUUCCAAAAAUGUUCCACAAUUGUGAUAAGGUUUAUUGAUACGAUUGUUUUUACUCGUUGGUGGAGUUUGAAAAAAAAAUGCUGAACUCAUCUGCAGAGGUCUGUUAUUGUUUGUUUUUUCAAAGUGGAUUCAAAUGAUCAUGUAUGUAAUCAUGUUUUCUUCUCUUAUUUGUGAAGAAUUAAAGUUGUGGUUUCAAUUAUUUUGAUUAUAAAGGUGUAAGGGUGGACUCAAAAAUCUGUACUGUUUUCUAAAUCUGUUUAACAGUAAAUUUACACCUGGUUGACUGGUUUCUUUUGUUGGAUUCUGUUAUUUUACUGUUUUUCAUUUGCACGAAACUGUGUAAUUUGUACAGCCAUGUUGAUGUAUGUGUUGCAAAAUAUGAUUAUAACAGCUCUAAUCUUUGUG